AGCUUCUGCUCUCUCUCUCUCUCUCUCUCUCUCUCUCUCUCUCUCUCUCCAUUUUCUCGAGAAAAUCUCAUAUUUUCCUUUCUCGACAAUCUAGCUCCCCAGAAAAUUCAGCCUUCUACAAAAACACAAACUAUAUCUAUACAUAUAUAUAUAUAUAUAUAUAUACUUGUAUGGAUCGGAGGCGAGCGGCGAGUCCGGUGUACACGGGGUCAUCUUCUCCGGACACUGGCCUCUCCACCAUCAAGAGGAAUCAGAACUUCGCUGCCAAGGCCGCCGCUCAGCGUCUCGCUCAGGUAAUGGCUUCUCAGACCGCCGACGACGACGACGACGACGACGACGACGAAGAUGACGAUGGGUUCCGAAUUGGUGCUCCUUCAUCUGUUAAUAGUAUACCUAAUAGAUCUCCGUCACCUGCGUUAGGUCGGAACUUUAUGGAGAGCACUUCUUCAAUUCAUUCCACAUCAGUCGGAAGGCCAUCAAUGUCAGUUCAUUCAACGGCAUUAGUGCCACCUAGUCGAGGAUCAUUGAGAACUCCGGUCCCCAUUCUACCGAUAGAACCUCCUAGUAACAGACUAAGAGAAAACAGGUUUACAUCAGAUGCUGGUCGUAAAGACUUGAAAGAUACAGACUACCAGCGGGAGGCUUCUGCACUAAGAGAUGAACUUGAUAUGCUGCAGGAGGAGAAUGAUAUUAUACUUGAUAAGCUUCGGUGUGCGGAAGAAAAGCAUGAAGAAGCAGAGGCUAGAGCCAGGGUGCUAGAGAAACAGGUUGCUACCCUUGGGGAGGGCAUAUCGUUCGAAGUUAAAUUGUUGACCAGGAAGGAAGCAGCAUUGCGUCAAAGAGAGGUUGCUCUUAAAGCUGCGCAACAAACAAAGGAUGGGAGAGAUGAGGAAAUUACUGCGCUUCAUGUAGAAAUUGAGAACUUAAAAGAUGAUACUGAAAGUGCUUCAGAACAGCUCCGUGAAGCAGAAUCUGAAGCAAAAGCUCUUCGCACAAUGACUCAAAGAAUGAUUUUGACACAUGAGGAGAUGGAGGAGGUUGUUUUGAAGAGGUGUUGGCUUGCUCGGUAUUGGGGCUUGGCUGCACAGCAUGGCAUCUGUGCAGAUAUAUCAGUCUCAAAGCAUGAGCACUGGUCAUCUUUAGCGCCUCUUCCAUUUGAAGUUGUCAUUUCUGCUGGACAGAAGGCCAAGGAGGAGUCUUGGAAUAGUGGUAACAAUGAUUCAGAUAGGAGGAGCAAACUUGUUCGUGAUCCAAAUGACCUAACUGGAGAAGGAAAUAUUGAAACUAUGCUUUCUAUUGAAAUGGGCUUAAGGGAACUAGCUUCCUUGAAGGUUGAGGAUGCUAUUGUCCUUGCAUUUGCUAAACACCGACGGCCAAAUUUGGUUCAAGAAUUCUACACAGAUCCCAAAGCAUCAGGCGAUCCCAAGUUUAUGGAGGGAUUUGAACUAAGUCCAGAGGAAUCAGAAGAUGUUCUUUUCAAGCAGGCUUGGCUUAUGUAUUUUUGGAGAAGAGCCAAAACUUAUGGUGUAGAAGAGGAUAUUGCCGAAGAGCGACUUCAAUUUUGGAUAAGCCGUAGUGGGCAGUCUCCAACAUCACAUGAUGUGGUUGAUGUUGAGCGAGGCUUGACAGAGCUGAGGAAACUGGGAAUAGAACAGCAACUGUGGGAAGCAUCCCGCAAGGAAAUUGACCAGCCCUCUCCAGCCUCAGUCGCUAAUUCCAAACUUGCUGCAGAAUCAGAGACAUCUCCGUGAUGGCUGUGGCCAUGAUUUAUUGGUUUUUUUUUUUUUUUUUAAUUUGAUUUUUGCCUCCUAUACUAAGUUUCAUUGAUGUUGUCGUUAGGAUAGCCUUCUUUGUUCUCUGUGAUUCGUUUGAGCCAUGUAUGUGGCCACAUUAUAUCUCUUCUGGUUACCUUUACAUACAGGAAAUGUAAUUGAGGCUUGUUUGUAAAAUAUAGAUUGGAUGCUGUAAAACCAAAUUAAAUGUUGAUCACCAUAGCUGCGUUUAAUCCCAGCUAUCAAUUGCUUCUUUUCUUUUUUU